AGGAAGCCGCCAGGCCGGACGGGAGACGCGUGCCUGGAAAGAGCUGGAGUCCCGGGUUUCGCGGGGGGCGCGGCUGCCGCUGGCUUUCCCGUGCCCACAAAUCCCGCCUCUUCCCAGGCUCCGCCGUGCGGACGCCGCUCGCCGGGGAGCGGAUCCCGGACCCAGCCGGGGAUGGAGCGCCUGGUCCACGCCGCCUUGGCGCAGCUGAGCGAGGAGGAGCUGGCGCGCUGCGCCUUCUACCUGCGGAGCCCGGAGCCGGCGGGCGGCGCCCGGGCCGAGCUCCAAGGCGCAGGCGGGAGCCCGGCGCGGCUGGCGCAGCGCUACGCGGGCCGGGCCGCCGAGGUGCUGCGAGAGGCGCUCCGCCACAUGGGCCGCCGCGACCUGAGCGAGGCGCUGGCCGGGCAGGAAAAGGCGGGAGCAGCGGCCGCGCCAGCUGCUGUACUGAGAACUGGUGAACAACAAACCACGAAUCAGACAAGUGAUACAAGUUUUAAAGGAAGACGAACUGAGCAAAGUGACUAUGAGGCAUUGGAUAUGUAUGACAUGAGCAAAACCCGUGUGGCUUUUAUGAUGUGUGUGACAACACACAGGUGCGGUGCAGAAAAGGAUAUUGAAAUAAUGAAUAAGUGGUUUGACAAGUAUCAGUUUGAAACACCUUCUGGACAGUGCAUAGAUCCUAAUGGGCAGGAAAUAUUGCCAGCAUUGGAAGAGUUCCGGGAUCAAAUCAAUCAAUCUGAGGAUGAAAUUAGCUGCUGCCUCAUUGCUCUUAUGAGUCAUGGGAGGAGUCACGGCCUCAUUCAGGGGAAAGAUGGUGACACUGUUGAUCUUGAUGAUAUAUUUGCAUUAUUCAACAAUGUACAAUGCCCAAAGCUCCAAGAAAAACCUAAAAUCUUUAUCAUUCAGGCAUGCAGAGGAGGAAAAGAAGACCAUGGAGUUGAAGAAAUAGAGCAUGAAUUCAAGGAAGCUGAUUGUACUUAUAACUUGAUAGCUAUCAGGAGGUUGCCAACAGCUAGUGAUUACUAUGUCGUGUAUUCCACUCAAAAGGGUUAUGUUUCUUUGCGUAACAGGGAAAAAGGCUCUAGAAUGAUUGAAGCAAUGGAUGAGGUCUUUUCAGAGCAAGGCAUGAAGUGGCAUAUCGGCGAUUUAUUUACUAAAAUCAAUAACAACCUGAUGCACGAAACUUUUAGUAUCCAUGGAUGCCCUGUGAAAGAGACAAUAGUCGUCGAAUCAACUCUGACCAAAGCCGUGUACCUUGCACCUUAACUGGUUGUUCAGUGGAAGACUCACUGCCUUUUGAAUUGCUCAAAAUACAGACAGUGAAUAAAAAUAAAAUAAAUACAGAUAAUAAAGUUUAAAUAGUCACCUUUUUCCAAAUUAUAGCAAAAUUCUUUAGGAUGUUCCUUUUAACUAACUAGAUUUAUUACUGCAUUUUAACAGCUAUUUUCAAUAAUGGCAUUUUUUUUUCAACAAAUAGUCCCAUUUUUAGAGAGCACUUUUUUACAGGAUCUUUGAAAAAACCCAGUUUACGAUCUUAUAUUUGUCUUCAUUUAUAAAUAAAGUCAACCAGUAAAAACAGUUUUAUGUUGAGAGAUCACUGGCUCCUUUUCCAGUUCUGCAGAGGGCAUUUUCUCGUUCCCUGUACUACUACUUAAAACUCUACCAUAAGUUCUACCCUAACAUCCAACAAAUCUCUUACAACAGCUUAGUCCUAAGUAUUAGCCUGGGGAGUCUGUUCUAGCAGCAGUGCGACAGAGUUGUUUGAAUGUUACCAAUAAUGUGUCCAGUAAUUUCAAGUGUGUGGUGAUGCACGUCAUGUAUCUGAAGAGAAUAAUGGGCCCAACCACUCUAUUUCCAAGGCAAAAUAAGCCUACUCUUCAAGUCCAUGGGAGUCUUUCCAUUGAUUUCGGUGGAUUUUGGAUGAAGUGCUAAACGGGGGGUGCUGUUCAUAACAUUAGAAGGGAGGGGGAAGAUUCUUCCUAUGUUGCAUAGGAUUUACUGUAUUGGCUCAGAUUAGGUACCCACUUAUUCUACAGAUUAUCUGUUAAUAUGCAUUGCUUUAUCUUUACCCAGUUUAAAUUUAAUCUGUUCCCACUGCACCCAGGCCCACAACAUGUUUGGUUAUCCUGAAUUUUGCACUAUCAGUAAGUUUUGUACUGUAAUAUAUUAGUAUUAAGAAGUUAAGAUAAUGAUAAAGCCGUUAUAUUAUAUAAUGACAUAUUCUCAUCAUAAGGAAAUGUGACUAAAUUUGUACUCAAUCUUUUUAAAAAAGGGGAGACAUAGAAGCAGUAUGUUAUCAUAUUUAACUUGACUUUUUAAACUUUAUUAUCUGUAUUUAUUUUAUUUUUAUUCUCCAUUUGCAUUUUGUGCAAUUCACAUAAAAAUUGUGAAGGAUAUAGAUAACUUAAUGCUGAAGAAAACACCCAAAUUAUAAAAUGUUUGAGUCUCUCCCUGAGGCUGACCAUUCCAAUGAUCUUAUAUGUAUAUAGUUUCCUGUUUGCAUCCCUUCUCUGUUUUCCUCUGUCACAAGGGAAGAAAUGCAAGCAUAUUUUAAAAUUAAAAAUAUGGCUUCUAAUUUUGAAUUAUUAAAUCAAAUUAAUCCUUGUGUAGCACUGGAGAGAGAAGGGUUAUUUUGGAGACAAAUUUGAUCCAUGUUUUGUUUUCUCUGCAAGGUAUCGCUGAUUUUAGUAAACCAAAGAGCCACCAAUAUAUGUUCGACCCAACCUGAGGAGCCUGGUAUCUUGUGAUCCAUGGGGCUUGAAGAGCAAAAAAUGAGGAAAAAAUAGAAAGGCAUUAAAAGUACCCAGUCUAUUUUUUUUAAUCAACUGGGAAAGGAAAGAGAAUAGAAAAACAGUAGAGGAGAUGACAAAGAUGAACCAGAACAGAAACAUAAAUAAAGUGGCCCUACCUUUUUUAAAGAUUUAGUACCACUGAUAUACAGUGUGUAUUGAAUGUUCAAAAAAAGAAAAGGAGUACUUGUGGCACCUUAGAGACUAACAAAUUUAUUAGAGCAUAAGCUUUCGUGAGCUACAGCUCACUUCAUCGGAUGCAUUGAAUGUUCAGUAUGCCAUUGAAAUGCUGAUUCUACCAGCCAUAAGUACCAUCUUUAAAGCUUUAGAGCCUUAGGAUAUGUCCACCCAGCAACAGACACUUGCGAUUGGCCCACGCUAUCCAACUCGGGCUCACAGAGCUAGGGCUGUAGGGUGACUGUUUUAUUGCUGUGUAGACUUCCAGGCUUGGGCUGGAGCCUGGGCUCUAGGAUCCUGCUGAGGGGAGCAGGGGGGAAGGGCCCCACAACUUGGGCUCUAGCCCAAGCCCAGAAAUCUAUACAGCCCCAUAGCCUGAGCCUUGCAAGCCCUUGUCAGCUAGGAUGAGCCAGCCAUGGAUUUUUUUCAUUGCUGUGUAGAUAUGCUCCUUCUUGUCAUCUUAUUUAGAGCAAUUUCUUGGAAACCUUUACUUAUAUGAGUUGCCUCAAUGAUGUGAAUUAAACUAUUAACAAGUAAAAAUUAUUCCUAGGAGCAGGCAUACUUGCAUUACCUUAGCAUAUGUAGCAAGUAUAUAAUAUCAAAUACACGUUUAAGAGGGGCUAUUUAACUCAACUGGAAAAAAGUAGGAUACUUCAGGACACUUCUUUUUUUUUUAAACCAUCAAUGACUACAUACAUUAGUGUUAAAUACCGUGGCUUGGGGAAUAUCUGAAACUUCUGACUAACCAGGUGUACGGAUUAAUGGAAGUGCUAUUCUGUGGUGCAGUGUCACUGAUACAGAAAUACAGGGAACAGAGGGAGUAAUGCUGAUGUUAGCUUAAUGCUUUGUACUCUAUUAAAAAGAGUAAAAAAAAAAACUUUAUUGAGACCUGC